GGGGGGGGGGGUGCGUGAGUGCUUGCGUAUGUGAAGGGCUAUAGUGCACAGACAGAGCAUGUGUUGCAUAAUUCUGAAAUACAGUAAAUAACUCAUAGAUACAGAGGCGUGUUAAACACGCUAGGCUGAGUGUGUGCGCGUGCGCAUUCAUGUGUGAUGACGCCACACUCCCCCGCCCAACUCGCUUUGCGUCGCAUCUGGAUCUGAAAACUGUCAUCAGCAGCAGCAAUCAGCAGCACAGCGGUAUCGGUGGCCGCAAGGGAGAAGAGGACAAUCUCAUCACGGGAAGACGGGAAGGUGUACCUCUACAUCUGAUCAUCAUAUCUAUUUUUUCCUGUCUCUCUCUUGCUUUUUUCCGUUUGAACGGAAUAGUCUCUUCUCUUACACCUGAUCAUCUCUCACAGAAACAGAAUAGGUUUAAAAACAGAAGAGAAGAGUAACGUUACAACGAAGGGAGGGACUAAUGGAGGCAUAAAAAGCAAAGGAGAAGAGAGGAGAAAUUUACCUCUCCCCUAGACUACACUCGAUAAUCUCAAUAUCGCUCUCCUUUGCGCUAUCUCUCUCUGGUCAUGGCGUUGCAGGGGACCAGCCUGCUAGAGAACCCGGUCCAGGCAAUUCUGUACCUUAGAGAACUGACCACUAUAGUUCAGAACCAGCAGAGCCUCAUCCAGACACAGCGCCUGCGCAUUGAUGAACUGGACCGGCGCGUGGACGAGCUGCUCGGGGAGAACAGGAAUCUGCGCGAGGCAAGAGUACAACAUCAUUAUCAUCAUCACCCGGACUCCAACAGGAACCUUCAUCAUCCUCAGCACCAACAUCCAGACACACAUCCUCUUGACACCGGGUCUCUGCCUGCCCAGCCUCCGCCUGAAAUCCACCCGGACCAAGAAAAGCCGCCUCCACAACCCGCUAAUCCGGAGGACAUGCAGUUGGUACCGGCCCAGCCGCAGUCAACGAGCCCUCCGCCAAGCGAGGCCGGCCCGGGCAAGGGGGAGGACGGCAGGACCAGCCCGGGCUGCCGCACACUGAAUCCCCUGGUUCCCCUAGCUCCCCUCACUCCUACCACUCUCUGCCGCUCGGUGGGUCUUGCCAAUCAAUCAGAAAGUCAGACAAUACUACAUCAGUUCUGCUGUCCUGCCCCAGAGGCAGCUCCCACUGGCUCCUCCAGUGAUGGGCAGCUGCUGAGUCUGGAGGGCGGGAAUUCCUCCAGCGGACAGGAAAAAGAGGGGUCGGAGGGCGUGGCUCGGAGAGAAGGACCCAGCGACUACGAACUUGCCCUGGAGAACAAGACCAAACAGAUAGAGGAGUUGGAACAGAGGUACGGUGGCCACCUGGUGUCGCGGCGUGCUGCAUGUUGUAUUCAGAUGGCGUUCCGUCAGUACCAGCUCAGUAAGAACUUCCAGAAGAUCCGUAACUCUCUGUCAGAGAGCAAGUUGCCACGCCGCAUCUCCCUGCGCCGGCCCAACCCCAGCCGGAACCAAAAAUCCACCCAGCGACACAGCUUCCUGUUAGAGACCGGGAGCCCCCUGCACCCCAAAACACCCCCACCACCCCCUUCACGCUCCACCUCCCUGCCCCCCUCCCCCGCCACGGGCCCCGGGCCCUCGCUCACACAGCUGGAGGACUGCUUCUCAGAGCAGGUACGCUCACUGGCCCAUUCGAUAGACGAGGCCCUGCGUGGGUGGAGCCUGUCGGAGGGGGUUGAGGGGGGGACAGGGGGGCUGCUGAUGGACCCCGGGGCGUUUCGGAUGGCUGCACAGAGUGCCUGCAUGCCUCGCAGUGCCAGCUCCCUGCUCAUGGCCUUCAGAGACGUCACCGUUCACAUCGACACCAACAACUACACUGUCUCCACGACUACCACCUCCACAACCACUGCUACCCACGGCAACACAGGGGCAGGAGCGGGAGGGAGCAGGCAAGUCUCAGUGGAUGGGGGAGAGAGGGGAGGAGGGGUGAGGACUCAAUCAACAACCUCCCAGCUAAGGGGUGAGGCGGAGUUUCCUGCCCCCCCUCCCAGUGAGUUGUUGGAGGGAGGAGGGUCGAGAAGGGGGUCAACUGUGACAGGGCAGGGGGGAGAGAUGGGGAGGCAGAGUGGCUCAGAGAGACUCAGUUCCACCUCCACCUCUACCUCAGCCCAGUCUAACCAGUAUACCACUCAGUCCUCCUAUUCCCAGUACCCCCAGUACUCCACAUACCCCAAGGCUCAUCACCCCCAGUCCCAGCCAGGGUCCCAGUCAACCAGGGACCCCACCUCUGAGGCUCUCCAGGCCCUGGUCCUCUCUCUGCCGAGAGACCGCUGCCAGGACCCUACCUCCUGCCGAUCCCCCACACUCUCCACUGAUACGCAUCGCAAACGACUCUAUCGCAUUGGACUCAACCUCUUCAACGUGAACCCAGAGCGAGGCAUCCACUUCCUGAUCACCCGUGGUUUUGUCCCAGACACACCCAUGGGCGUGGCCCACUUCCUGCUACAGAGGAAGGGCCUGAGCCGACAGAUGAUUGGAGAGUUCCUGGGGAACAGUAAGCUACUCUUCAACAGAGAUGUCCUGGACUGUGUGGUGGAUGAGAUGGACUUCUCUGGGAUGGAGUUGGAUGAGGCUCUGAGGAAGUUCCAGUCUCACAUCAGAGUCCAGGGAGAGGCCCAGAAGGUGGAGAGACUCAUUGAAGCUUUCAGUCAGAGGUAUUGUAUGUGUAAUCCCGAGGUGGUGCAGCAGUUCCAUAACCCAGACACCAUUUUCAUCCUGGCCUUUGCUGUGGUCCUCCUCAACACUGAUAUGUAUUCCCCUAACAUCAAACCUCAACGCAAGAUGGGCCUUGACGACUUCAUACGUAACCUACGAGGAGUGGACGACGGGGCAGACAUCCCCAGGGAGAUGGUGACAGGGAUCUAUGAGAGGACCCAGCAGAGAGAGCUACGCUCCAACGAAGACCACGUCACCUACGUCAGCCGCGUGGAACAGUCCAUACUGGGCAUGAAGACUAUCCUGUCUGUGCCCCACCGUAGGCUGGUCUGCUGCUGUCGUUUGUUUGAGGUGGCAGACUUCAACAAACCUCUGAAACAGAAACUGGCGAACACCCAAAGAGAGGUGUUCCUUUUCAACGACCUCAUACUGAUCCUGAAGCUGUGUCCAAAGAAGAAGACUUCUGCUUCCUACACCUUCUGUAAAGCCAUGGGUCUACUGGGCAUGCAGUUUCACCUCUUCAGCAAUGAAUACUAUGCUCAUGGCAUCACCAUGUUGAGUCCGUUCUCUUCAGAGAAGAAGCAGCUGGUGAGUUUUUGCUCCCCCAGCGGAGAGGAGCUCAGGAAUUUCACAGAGGAGCUACGUGAGUCCAUCACUGAGGUCAACGAGAUGGAGCAGAUACACAUCCAAUGGGAGCUGGAGAGAGAACAGGGGGUGCAGACUCACACUCCCCACACCAAUGGAGGACAGAUGGACACACUCAGUCGACACACAGGAUCACCCACUGCCCAGCAAGACCUGUAUGACAAGACUGGCAACAACACUGUGGAGGUGUCAAUUCACAAUAGGCUGCUGCAGACCUACCACAUGACCCAGCCCAGCCCUGAUAGGCUGCUCCAGACCUACCAUGUGACCAGUCCUGAUUCCACCCAACUGGCUCUGGCAGCACCGGCCAUGCUAAGUGCCACCCACCCCGGAGAGUUCCGCCCAGACACCCUCAUUCAAUGCCAGCAGAUCGUCAAGGUGAUCGUCAUGGACCAGAGCGGCCGUGGGAGAAUGGAAGCUUUCCUCAACCAAGGAAGCCCCGCCUCCCACCACCGCCUCAUCCAAUCAGCGAUGUCCACUCCAGUACGGGUCAGAGAGGGAUCUGAGCCCCCUCUGCCUCCCCCUCCUCCCCCCUACAACCACCCCCACCAGUACUGUCCCCCCGACUCCCCCUGCCCUCUCUCACACACCCUGCCUCACCCCCUCCGCAGACGCAACUCUAGUGGCUCCCGCAGCCUCGUCUGACAUAUGACCCCCUCACCCCUGACCCUACCACACCUUAUCAUGCGCCCUCUGACCUUUUGUUAAAUAGUCAUGUACAGUAUUGGUGAAACACACACAACACAAACACUCAUAGACAAAGAUAGAGAAAAGGUGAGACGAGGAAGGGAGGAAGAGAAAGAGGGCGGGAAGGAAGUCGUCUGAGAGAAAGGGAAUAAGCCCAUAAAGCGAGUGGGAGAUAAUAGAGAGGAUUCAAAUCAAUAUGAAAUCAAAGUCAUCUAAUGAUUUCAUGUGUAUUUUUGAAUAGGAUGUCAUUUUGACAACAUUUGUAAACAGAGAUUUUCUAAUUGUGCAGCUCUUGUGACACAGUGUCAUCUGUACAUAUCUAUAUCUGUUCCUGACUUUAGAAAGAACGAUUUAGGAUACAACCUCUCACCACCUGAUCCCCGACUCUAACCCUGCCCUGAUGUCACACAGCUGAUGGAACACACAGAUCUCCUCCAUGUGUGGAGCUGUCUGGACAUGGAGACAUGUCACCUCAAUGACAUCAUCAACAUCAUCUAGGGUUUUAGGGUUGGUGAUGUGUGGUAAAAUAUGAUAAUCAGAUGCUAAUAAUACUUUUGAUCGUGAAGAAGUGAGUAUGUCUGAGUAGCAUGGAGGGAAGAAGUGAGUAUGUCAGAUUUGCAGGGAGGGAAGACUGUUACUCCUGGCUUACAGAUGACUACAAUCUGUAUUUCUAUUCGUAAUGUCGGACUUCUACCCUGAUUAACAUAUCUGCGUGUGUAUGUGUGUUUGAGAGUAUAAGGGUCUGCCAGUGUAUGUGCGAGUGAAAUGGUGUGUCUGUGUGUGCUUGUUUGCGUGUGCGAAUGUGUGUGCGAAUACCAUUGUUCUAUUCUCUGAGGUUUUGCUACACUGGUCCAAGCCUCACACUCAGGAAAAUACCAGUACUGACGACAAACUGUUCAACAUUCUAACUUAUUGUUUGAUUAGUAAUAACAUGAACAUUGUAUGUUAUAAACUGGUAAUGUUCUAACGUUCUAUCUAAUUUGUCCUUUUGAAUAUUCAAUCUCACUUGCUGAAUCCCUAAAGGGUUAACUAUUACCCAUUCCCACAUGAUUAACCUGUUCUCCACUGGAAUGCAUGUUACAUAGGAAUGUAUAUACACACACAGUACACACACAUAAUUACUUAAGUAUGUUUAUUUAUCAGAAUAUUGAACAUGUUUCAUUAUUAUUAUAAUAGUGUUGUUACAUCUCUUCUUUCCCUUUCCCUCUCUCUGAGGGCUGUGACACGUGGUGACCCACUGAGGCUGAUCUUCUUCGUGUUGCACCAUAUUAUUAGAGUAUAUCGGAAUACUGAACAUGUGCACAGUAUAUAGGUGGUAUAUAUAUAUAUAUAUAUAUAAUGUAAAAGGAAUGGACGGACUGCCGAUGUGUGUAUUUAUGUAUUUGUACAGAGAGGUGGAAAUCUAUUUGUUUUUCAGAUUAUGGGGGAACAGCACCCCACUGUUACCACGAGAGACACACACACAGAUGACACAUUAUCAUAAUUAGAGCUCUGUGUAAAGGGCUAUACUGUAGCUGUGAUCACACUAGCGUUAGCAUUAGCUAGAUGGUUUAGUGGAAAACAAGCAGGAGUCAUAGUAGACAUUUUAGCAUGUUCUAAAGCCCUAACAUAUCACCUUAACACUGAGUCUGGCUCGCCUGUCCUGCAUCCAUCUUGGAGAUGUCUUACACUGUUGAAGAGAGCACCUGUGCACCGUCACAUUAAGAAUUUACUAAGAUAUCAUGUUUAUAACAAUUACAGUGUUUACUAAUGGAAUAUUUCUAAAGAUUUAUGUUUGAAGAGAAUUACAUAAUAAAGUAGUUUAUACUCUA